UUUCCCCCUUGCUUCACUUUCUAUAUAUCCACUUUCAUUUCAUUUUCUUACAUCAUCAGCAAGCUAGCAAAAGGCAAUAACAAGAGAGACAUACACAAGGAAACAAGAAAGAAGAAAAGGGAUCAUGACAGGCAGCACAACUCCCCAGGUUGAUGAUCAAAUGGUGCUGAUCUCUCAGUUCUAUCCUGAUAUUUACGCCCAACUGACGCGCGAACAAGGAGCGGUGAAACCACAACGUAAAAGGAAGAAGAACAAAGAUGAAGCAAAAGUACUCAGGAAGAGGAAGCUUAGUGAAGAACAAGUCAAUCUUCUUGAACGUAGUUUUGGGGACGACCACAAACUGGAGACUGAAAGAAAAGACAAGCUUGCUUCUCAGCUUGGCCUUGAUCCUCAACAAGUCGCAGUUUGGUUCCAAAAUAGGAGGACUCGAUGGAAGAACGAAAAACUCGAGGUUGAACACUCCAAGCUCAAGUCUGAGCACGAUACUACGAUCGUUGAGAAAUAUCGUCUUGAAACUGAGAUCUUGAAGAUGAAAGAGCAAUUGUGCGAAGCAGAAAAGCAAAUACAAGGGCUAUUAUUGGAGCGUAAUUGUGAUGGGCAACUUUCAAGCAAUAGCCCAAUUAGUACUUCAUCAUUCUCUAUGGAUCAGCCACAUUUUCUUGGGGAGUUUGGGAUGAAGGAAAUGUUAAUGGACAAUGGGUUCUUUGAUCAAAGCACUUAUAUAGCUCUCUGGGAUAAUUAGAAUGGGUUAACUGAUAUGUAUGAUCAUCAAUGUUUAAGCUUUAUUUGUAAUUUGUAGAUAGUAACUCACCUAAUGUAUGUACAUCCUUACUUUUUGCCCUUGCUUUCUGGGUAAUACUACUGCACUAAUGUAAUGGAUA